AUGCAGGCCUUCCGUGAGCUUAUCAGGUUAGCAUGUGGCCCUUUUCCGUCCGCAUUUGUUAUUGCUUGUCAUUUAAUAAUAGCCAUUCUAACAGAACUACAGCAGGAUGGAUCCAGUUCACGGUCUUCUGUAUGUUCCAGAGUCUGUACCAAAGACUGUCUGCCUAAUGGAUGCACAGAUUGCCUCCGCAAAAUGAGAAACCCUAUAGUAGUGGGCAUCAUAAUAAUCCUGCUUUCAAUAGGUGUAAUUGCCUCACUCAUUUCUUAUUUGCAUCACAAAAGCAGAGUUCCUGCUUCAGAUCCACAUUUCCAAUUGGAUACUAUGUGGUUGGAAGAUAUCACGGUGAUCCUGUGUGUUCUGACUGUCUUCAUCACCAUGAUCAUUUCCUUUAUUUACUUUAGAUUCAGAGGUGUCCUAGAAAGAUAGAAAUUAAACAAGCAUCAACCAUCUCAUCUGGAACUCUGGAUAAAGGUAUACAGAGGAAGAGGAAGCCUUCGUGGCAACUUUACAAAUUCAGAGACCUAAAAUAACCAGAGAGGAUGAUCUGAAAUUAAAACUUUUAAACUAAAA